AUGGCAGCAGAUCCCUGUCAGCAGCAGCGGCGGCGGUGGCGGCAGCAGCACCAGCGGUGCCAGGCGCUGUGCGGCAUCCAACAGCGCCGGCGGGGACACGGGCCGGGGAGGGAGGGCGGCCGGAGGGGAGAGCCCUCCCCCGCGGCACUCGGCGGGGGCCGGGGGGCGUUCGACGGCGGCCGCCUCCCGCAGCCUCAGCUCUCCGCUCGCAUCGCCGCCGCCUCCUCAGCCCGCCCUCCCUCCCUCUCCCGCCUCGUCCGCCGGCCGCUCCGGGCGCCCCCCAAGAGCCGCGCUAGCCGCGCCACGAGCCGAAGGUGCCGCUCCUUCAGCGCGAUCCUCGCCCGCAGCCGCCCCCUGUCAUCUUCGGCUCAAGCCAACAUGGCGCCCGCCGAGCCGAGCGAGGGGACGCGGCAGGGGAGACACGGACCCUCCGCUGCCGCCGCCGCCGCCACCGCCCCCUCUCCCGGCGCGUCACACGCCGCCGCCCCGCGCGGCACCAUGGGGCUUGUAGGCGGCCGGGCUCCGAUCGCCGCCGGGGCGGGGCCGCCCCCCCUCCGCGGGGCCCCGUCCCGCCUCGCUGGGCGCGCCCCCCGACCCUCGCCGCGCUCCCUCAGUGUCGGCGGGGCGGCACUGCGGGGGCUCCGCGGCAGCGGCGACGGUUCCCCCCGGCGGGCAGCGGGGACGCCCCGACCGCCACGGAAAUCGGCGUUUUCCCAAGGGCGCUGCAGCUUCCUCGGGGGCGUUCACGGGUGCGCCCUUCGCAGCCCCCUCUUCCCGCAGCGGUUCCUGACAAAGAGAACCUCUCCAUCCACCCUGUAG